AUGACGUCUGCCGUGGAAGACCACAUCUUCCCCGCCUUGGAUCUAGACAUCGCCACAGACCUGCUCGGCGCAGGGGACAUCCUCGGCCUAGAAACAUCGAACGACAACGUCUCGUUAUCGGACAAUCCCCCAGGUGACAGCAAUACUCGCGAGGGCGAGGAAGACGACAUCCCGACACCCAACAGCGGGUCGUUGAGCGCGUCACGCACCCCCGGAAGCGACACCCCGCGACGACGGCGCCGCGAGGCCGUGAUCAGGAAGUCCCGACGCGUGCGCACCGGCUGUCUGACCUGUCGCGAGCGGCACCUGAAAUGCGACGAGGCGCUGCAUCGGUGCCAGAACUGUCGGAAGUCAGGCCGCGUAUGUCGCCGCGGCGUGAGGCUUAAUUUCAUCGACACGCAGGUCGUCGCGCCGCCUCAUGACUUAACCCCGUCUCCGGGACAUCGGGUCACGUUCCGGGAUGAGUCGAGACAUAUAGCGUCGGAGUAUGUGGGCGGGUUUGAAAGAUAUCCUCCCCCAAUGGUGGAACCGCAGUUGGACUCGGGGAGUCUUGUGAGUCCGCCGUUGUCCUCGCGGUAUAAUACGACGGGGGUUUCGGGGAGAUCAGGCUCGGGGAUGGGUCAGUCUGAUGGACUCGGUUACUCGCCGAAUGGGCGUUCGAUUUCGACGCCUCAGUUGCUGCCCGAUCGGAGAGCGUCUUUUGCGCCCUUCAAAUCGGCGAAGCAGGGGCGAGUGGGACCUAGUAAUGCCUGUCUGAGUAACCCGGAGGAGGUGUUUUUGGUGCAGACGUUUGUCGAGGAGGUGGGGCCGUGGAUGGAUGCGAUGGAUGAAAUGAAGCAUUUUACGAAUAUCCUGCCGUUUCAUGCGCUGGAGGAACCGAUGCUUCUCAAGGCGUUCAUGGCCUGUGGUGCUCGCCAUCUGUUCCAGGUCAACCCUUCGUAUGGCGAGGGGAAGGCCUCGUAUUUCCAUGACUUGGCAUCACAGGAUCUUUUAGGGUUGUUGCAGGAUCCAGAUCGCGACUCUGUCCUGUGUGCGACGGCGGCUGUCAUAUUGAAUAUCUACGAAUCGAUGACCUCCAGGUCGAUGAUAUCAGUCCACGGCAUGAACCACAUCGCCGGCGCAAGGGCCCUAAUCAAGGAAUGUCGAUGGGACGCAACAAGCCCAGGUCUCGGCGGGGCAUGCUUCUGGCUGAACGUCAGCAUGGAGCUACUCAGCUGUCUACACUUCAAUUGGACAUUAGCCUGGGACCCGGACACCUGGGGCGUCGACAUGAACAUGGAGCAAACGCAGCCCAGCGUGGCGGGGAACGAGGAACUCUGGACCCAUCGCAUGGUCUACAUCUGCGCGAAGGUCACGAACUUCCGGUCGACCUUCUCGCACGUCCAUGGUCUAGAUCACUCGACUGCGCAGAUCGACCAAUGGUAUCGGGACUGGUGCGUGUAUAAUGAGUGGUGCGACCAGUGGGCAAAUGCCGUGCCACGUUCCAUGACGCCGCUUGGCUACCUGCAGCCGUGGCAGACGAAUUCGAAAUCCGUGUUCCCGGAGAUAUGGCUCAUCAAGCGAUCGUCCAUCAUCGCGCGACUCUUCUACCAUACCGCUCGCAUCUUGUUGACAAAGAUCCAUCCGCUCGAAUCCGAAUUCAGUCCCGAGAUGCAGAGCCUACAGCAGAGUCACGCGCACGAUAUAUGCGGGAUCGUAGCACAUACCAAAGAUCGCGGUAUCUCCACCCUCUGCACCCGUUUCCUCUUCAUCGCCGCAUCCUGCCUCGCCACGCGAGACGCGCAGGACGAAAUCCUCAACACAAUCGACCGCAUCAAGGAGACUGGGUGCCGCGUCGAGCACCUCAAAGACGAGCUACAAGAGGCGUGGGGCUGGACCCUGCAUCCUCAUAGCCAUGGCCACGACGUCGCCGUCGGAGUCGAAGUCGACAGUCUCUUCGGCGAUCACGCAUUCAACCCGGAUCCGGAUCCGUCGUCAUCGAUCUUAAAAAUGCAUCCUGCGGUCGUGUCGAACCCACUUCUCGCUUUCGCGGAUUUCGAGAUGGAGAAUCAUCCGUAUCAGGGGUUUUAUGUUAAGCCGCGGGAGCAGUGA